ACACCCCUAAAAAUCAUGUAACAUGGUAUGCUCCCCGAUCCAUCCAGUUCUCUUUAGUGUUUGCCAAUGUUGGAGGUGUAACUGGGGUCCGGCCCUGGAUAAAGGAAUAGAGCAUGGCUCAAGUGAAAGUGCAGACCUCAGUACCCCUGGCUGGUCCUGGCCCCUCCCCCGCCGGAGCGCCCCCCGCGGCUAUGGCCAGCCCCGGAUCCCUGGGUCUGCAGCAGCCCUCCGUCAAUGGCACAGGCCCGGCCCCCACAGCCGGCUGCCUCCCUCCCUCAGUCGGGUACGGGGACGACCCUGUGCCUGCCUCAUCACCAGGCCCGCCCCAGGAGAACAUGGCAAACCCUAAAGAGAAAACUCCAAUGUGUUUGGUGAAUGAGUUAGCCCGUUUCAACCGGAUCCAGCCGCAGUACAAGCUGCUCAACGAACGGGGGCCAGCCCACGCCAAGGUGUUCACCGUGCAGCUCUCUCUGGGGGAGCAGGUGUGGGAGGCGGAGGGCACCAGCAUCAAGAAGGCCCAGCACACCACGGCCUCCACGGCGCUGACCGACAGCCUGCUGCCCCGGCCCGCGGCCCGCUGCCCCAAGGUGGACAUCAACAGCAACCCAGGCAGUAUAACCCCCACGGUGGAGCUGAACGGCCUGGCCAUGAAGAGAGGGGAGCCUGCUAUCUACCGGCCCCUGGACCCCAAGCCCAUGCCCAACUACCGGGCCAACUACAACUUCAGAGGGAUGUUCAACCAAAGGUACCCCUCUCCCCCUUCCAGUACAGCUGCUGACACCGUGCCAAGCCCAGACGGCCAUGCUGGCGGUUCAUUACUGCAGAGAGUCGCUCUCUGCUGCUUAACGCAUCGUGGCAUCGGGGCUUGGGUUCCUGCCACUGAUUUAUAAUCAUGUUUCCGACCCAGAGCAGCCGUAUAUAGCGUUGAACCAGCGGUCCAAACGUGGCCCAACCCGUCUCCCACGCACCCCCCUGGAUGCUCCCCCCGGUAGUGUCUGGUGACUAUGUAAGGCAGCGUGGCCCGGCUUUGAUCUCCCCGGCCCAGAUGGGGUGUCAGCUCUGGGCCUUUACAUGUGUCCACAAUGGAUGAGCGCUCUGCCCUCCGGAGGUC